AUGAGCUUUCAAGAUAUGGAAGAAACAUCAUUAUCAAGCUUAUUAAUGGCACACAAUCCUCUUGCACAGAGUGCUAUAUCAGAUUUCCCAAACGUACUUUAUGAUUCUGAUGAAACUGAUAUUGAUAAAAUUCUUCAAAUUCUAAUGCACCAAUAUGUUCAAGAAAAAGAAAAACUGAACAAUUUGCGUUUACAACUUCAGUUAUCUCUACAAAGUCACGAGUCGUCUGAGGACAUCAAGAGAAUUGCCAUAUUAAAAGCGGAUGAACAAAAAUUAGAUCAAGAAAUUGAACAACAAAUGCUGGAUCAGCGUAAAGCAAAAAUUAAGUCCCAGAUUUUCUGUGAUCUCUGGGUAAGAAAGCACAUUUCUGAUACGGUUGAGCAAUGUAGAAAUUUUCUACCGAAACUUCGGCAGGAAAUACAAGAUACAAAAGACCACAUUAUAAGGGAAAAAGAAACAUUAAAUGAAACUAACAUUAUUCAUGAAGUUUUAUCAGAAAGAAUCGAACGACAGCCCGAUGAAAAUUUAUCACGUGAAUCGGAAAAUUGGUUUGACUUUAUUUGCACACUGGAGCUUAACGAUGUUAAACGCAGUUACAAUACAUUAAUAAAAGAAUUGAUUAAAUUCGUUGAUACUCAUUUCCCUCCAUAUAAACUUGUACGAAAAGAACCUCUUUCAGUUUCACGUGACUAA